AUGCUCAGGCCACUGGCCCAGAGUUGGAGGGACCGCCUGCCCAGUGUGGCUCAAGUCUGUGUGAGAAACACCAGCAGGGGCAUGUCAUUAGCCCACAAAGUUGCCGUGAUCACAGGCUCCACAAAUGGGAUUGGCUUAGCCAUUGCCCGGCGUCUGGCCCAGGAUGGGGCCCACGUGGUCAUUAGCAGCAGGAAGCAGCAGAAUGUGGACCAGGCUGUGACUAUGCUGCGCAAAGAGGGGCUCAGCGUGACAGGCACCGUGUGUCACGUGGGGAAGGCGGAGGACCGGGAGCGGCUGGUGGCCACGACCCUGGAACACUGUGGGGGUGUGGACCACCUGGUGUGCGUGGCAGGGGUCAAUCCCCUGGUGGGCAGAACCCUGGGGACCAGCGAGCAGAUCUGGGACAAGAUCCUGAGCAUCAAUGUGAAGGCCCCAGCACUGCUGCUGAACCUGCUGCUGCCGCAUAUGGAAAAGAGAGGGCAAGGCUCAGUGGUCCUGGUCUCCUCCGUUACAGCCUAUAUUCCAUUUGUCAAGCUGGGUGUUUACAAUAUCAGUAAAACAGCCCUGCUGGGCCUCACCAAAACUCUGGCAAUGGAGUUAGCACCAAAAAACAUCCGGGUCAACUGUAUCGUCCCGGGGCUCAUCAAAACAGACUUCAGUCAUAAGGUGAGGACCAGAGACAGCUUGUUCAUGGGGCUAUGUCAACCUCACCUCCUCUUUCCCUGCAGAACUGGGCAGUCAGAAGACUGCGCAGGACUUGUGUCCUUCCUAUGCUCCCAGGACGCCAGCCAAAUCACCGGGGAGAACAUUGUGGUGGCUGGCUACUCCCCCCACCUCUGA